CCCCGAUUGAUCUUAUUUACUGCUUUCAGUGUCAAAGCCGAACUCGUUUCUUUUUUUUCUUUUUUAAAUUAUUCUUUUUAGUAUGAGUGAGCGUGAACAUUUACUUCCUCACCACGGUGAAGAAGAAGUUUUGACUUUCAAGUCUUCUUUCAAGCAUACUUUCUAUUCCUCCAAGAUCAACGUGCUCCUCAUCUUUGUUCCUGUUGCUUUAGCUUUCUCGGGGGCUUCUGAUAGUGUUGUGUUUUCCUUGAACUUUAUUGCCAUUGUUCCCCUUGCUAAACUCUUGGGUUUCGCUACUGAGGAAAUUGCCUUGAGAUCUGGUUCUGUUAUUGGUUCUUUAUUGAAUGCUACUUUUGGUAAUGCUGUUGAACUUAUUCUUGGUAUGAUUGCCUUGAAAGAAGGUUUGGUUCGUGUUGUUCAAGCUUCUAUCUUGGGUUCCAUCUUGUCCAACAUUUUACUUGUACUUGGUUGUUGUUUCUUGGCUGGUGGUAUUGGUCGUGUUGAACAAACAUUUAAUGCUACAGCUGCACAAACACACACUUCUCUUUUGGGUUUAACUGCUCUUUCCUUAUUGAUUCCUGCUGCCUUUAGUGCUACUGCUGCUCAUUCUACUGAAGCUGAUUCUGGUAUUGUCUACCUUAGUCAUGGUACUGCUAUCAUCUUGUUGAUUGUCUAUGUCUUGUAUUUGGUCUUUCAACUCAAGACACAUUCUGACUUGUUUGAAGAUGAAGCUGAUGAAGAUGAAAAGCCUCAUACAACUCUUGGUUUCUCUAUUGCUCUCUUAUUGUUCAUUGCUGGUUUGAUUGCUAUUCAUGCUGAAUAUCUUGUUGGCGCUAUUGAAGGUGUUGUUGAAGCAUGGGGAUUAAACGAAACCUUUGUGGGUCUUAUCAUUCUUCCCAUUGUGGGCAAUGCUGCUGAACAUGUGAGUUCAGUCACAUUUGCCAUGAAGAACAAGAUGAACUUGUGUAUUGGUAUUGCUGUCUCUUCUUCUCUCCAAAUUGGCCUCUUGGUCUCUCCUGUCUUGGUCUUGACUGGUUGGGCUAUUGAUGUGCCCAUGACUUUCUUUUUCGAAAUCUUUGAGACAGUUGUCUUGUUCUCAAGUGUCUUGGUUGUAAACUACCUUAUUGGUGAUGGUAAAUCUAACUGGCUUGAAGGUGCUUUACUUUUGGCUUCUUAUGCUAUUGUAGCCUUAGCCUUUUAUUAUCAUCCCAUUGUUUAAACAACUUUAUUAUUGAUUAAAACGUUUUUAGUCCAUGA